UUUCUUCUCGUUUCUCUCCUCUCUGUCUCUCGACUCUUUCUCUGCUGCCAGGUCCGGGAAGCGUUCAUCUUUUGUUUUCUCCAGACGGUUUACGAUCUCGUUGACCUUCUUCUCCACCGCCACGAUCUUCACCUGUUUUCUUCAGGUUGGCCCACGGUGUGUAGACCACAUUAAUGUUGUUCAUCUUGCAGCCUGGCAGCAUACAACACAGUGAGGUUUGUGAAAAUGGUGCCCAUGACUACCAGGAAGAGGAAGCUCUCCUCUCUGGACUCUGACAGUCACCCAGCCAAGAACAGGGUGAGGGAGGAUGCGUCCCCCAUGAAGAGGAGCUCCCCCAGGAAGCCUCCGCAGUCUCCCACCAAGAAGAACCCAGUCAGACGUGUGCAGAAGGAGAACUGUCCCUCUCCACAGAAAUCUCCACGCAGACAAGCAGGCUCUCCAGCCAAAUCACCUCGUAAAUCUCCAUUCAAACCUUCGAUGGUUACGAGCUCCUUCUAUGGCCAGAAGAAGCCUGUCUAUCUCACGCCGCUUGAGAGGAAAGCGAUAAAGGACUCGCUGCCUUCUCCUCCUCGUCCUCUUCCUUCCCCUCCUCCCCAGGAGAAAAAGAAGAACAAGAGGAAUGUUAAAGGAGGCAGCAAGCCGAGAAAGGUGGCUGCAGGAUCUCGUAAUGCAGGGAAGAUGGGCGACAAAAGCAACGCAACAUCUUCAAAGCAGAUCAUGCUGCCCAAACUUAACAGCAGUGUCACUGCUAAGCCAGCGACGGCUCCAACAACUGUUCCCGCCAGCAGCAGCAUGAAACUAGCAGAGCCCAAGAAAGCCAUCACCAUCACAUUCAGCAGCCUGAAGCCCAAACCCAAGAUCUUUGUUGGAGCUGCUUUCUUCGCUACAGGGAAGAAACCCACAUCCAUGUUUAAGAAAUCUGCACCAAAAAGGCCAGCUUCAGCCCCAGCGAAAAGCAAAGCUGUGUCGCAGCAGACGAAGAGCGAGAAAUUAAAGCCGCCUGCUCCAGUGAUGAACCAACAGCAGAAACAUCCUGAAAAGACUGCUGUCCAGCCGGCCAAGAUGCAAGAAAACCAGUCAAACAGCAAGCAGAGGACAAAGUUUGAUCCGUUAGACUGGAUUGACUCUAUUGAUGACCAGCCCGAAACUCCACAGCGAUUAAGCUCUCCUCAAAUGUUGUCAGAGAAAUAUGGGAUUAACAAACAGCUGACCAUUUUCUUGACAAGGACCCCGACACAAAGUCCUGCAUCCACAGCUGCAUCCAUCAGUACUCUGGAUGAUUUGUCUGAGCCUGUGUUUGACCUGAGUGACAUAAGUCCCAAGGGUGCUGCUGCCAGCCCCCCAACAGAAUCUGCUGCAGUGUAUCCCAUCUUUGGAUCUGCCUCCAAAAGGUUAAAGAAUAAAGCUCUGCGUCCACCUGUGUCCUGCAGCACCCCCUCUGGCCCGGUCACGUCACUGCAGACUACUCCUGCAGCCAAAGAGCGAACACUGCGAAGGAGGAAGGAGAAACAGGACGACGACCAGCUCAUUAUCGAUGCAGGCCAGAAGCAGUUUGGAGCGACGACCUGCAGCUCAUGUGGGAUGGUGUACAGUGCAGAUAACCCAGAGGAUAAUUUCCAACACACCCAGUUCCACCAGCGCUUCCUCGAAUCCAUCAAAUUUGUGGGCUGGAAGAAGGAGCGGGUGGUGGCCGAGUUCUGGGAUGGAAAAAUCCUCCUGGUUAUGCCAGAUGACCCCAAAUACGCCAUUAAAAAGGCUGAGGAGGUGCGGCGUGUCGCAGACAACGAGUUGGGUUUCCAGCAAGUGACUCUGAGCAGACCCACACAGGCCAAGACCUACCUCUUCAUCAACACGGAGCGCAUGGUGGUGGGCUGCCUCGUCGCUGAACCCAUACGUCAGGCUUACAGAGUCCUCGAGCAGCCGGACCAACACAAAGACAUGACGAAGGACGACUUCAUGGAGCGACACCGAGCCUGGUGCUGCUCCACCACCCCAGAACAAGCUCUGUGUGGGGUCAGCCGGAUCUGGGUCUUCAGCCUGGCCAGACGACAGGCCAUCGCAACACGCAUGCUGGACACCGUCAGGAGCACCUUCAUGUACGGCAGCCAUCUCACUAAGGAAGAAAUCGCCUUCUCUGACCCGACACCUGACGGAAAACUGUUUGCAACAAAGUACUCCAACACACCAACCUUCCUGGUUUACAACUUCAUCGCAUGAAGUAAAACGAGGAUUUAAGACGCCUACCCGUUUUAACUUGCUAGUUGAAUUAGAAGUAUUAUAUUUAACAGCUGUUCAGGCGAUUGUUUAAUUGUCUUUCAUAUGCAAAUCAAUAAAAGUUCAGGUUGUUCGUUGACACGGCUUUAGUGUGUAUUCAAAGCUUCUGUUGAAAAGUUAUCAGGUUGUUUUUAAAGCUUCAUGAUGCACCUGUUGUCACUUAGUAUUUAUACACAGUUCUGCCUAAUUUACAGUUGAAUGUUGUGUGUGUGUUUAAUGGCAGCGUGUUCUAUUCAGAUGUUUAUAUUCUCUUUUGUAAGGAGCUUGAAACUGCACAUUUUUGCAUCACAGAAAACUAGACUUGUGCUCUCAAUAUGUUCAUUUCAUAUUAAAACGUUUUCUUUAUGCUACCAGAUAAAGGUCUGACAUUUUUAGAAGGAAAAUAUGUUGAUAGACGGAUGCCAUUAUUGUUUUGGGCAUUCUACUUUGUAAAUACAUUUAAUAAACAUAUUGCCUUUGGUUUUACAA